GCAGCGCGCUGGCGUGCGCGCGCGCGAGAGUAGGGUCGGUUCGUCGUCGCUCGCGGCUCGCUCGGCGUUGCGGUCGGGUCGCUCCGGUCUCGGCGCGUCUUAUCGACGUUGUUUACUCGGCGCGCUCGCACGUGUGUCCACCGCGGCGAUGCGUCCGCUCGUCGUCGCGCCAGAAGGCUAACGGGACGGGGCACCGAGCGCAUCGUCCUUCGCCGAGCUCGCGCGCAGUCGAUCUCGCCUCGCCUCGCUGGUCGAGCCCAACCGUCUGUCCCCGUCGCCCUGCCGCCGUGAUCGGCGGCGAUGCCGCGGCUCAGCUGAGAGCCCGCGCGACAACUGCCAGCCAGCCGACGCAGUGGACAUGCAUCGGGUGCUGCUGUUCCUGUCGCUCGUCGCCGGCGCGCUCGCCGAGGCCGCGCCGGCCGCCAGGAACCGGGGCUACGUGUUCACGGCGCCGAAGCGCCUGAUCGCCGGCGAGCCGGAGAACGUGUGCCUGUCGCUGCACAACUUGGAGGGCCCGGCGCACGUGAGCGUGGACCUGCUGGCGCUGACGCACGCGGCCAGCGGCAACGCCACCACGGCACCGGAGGAGGACGUGCUCGCGAGCGUCAAGAGCACCCUGAAAUCAGGCAUAGAGACGUGCCUGGAGCUUAGGGUCACCAGCAACACCAAGCACCAAGCCGCGAGGCUGCGGCUGCGAGUGCGCUUCGACAGGCAUCCCGACUACCGGGUCGAUCAGGAGAAGAAGGUGCUGAUCGAGCACGACGCGCUCAUCACCUUCGUCGAGACGGACAAGCCCAUUUACAAGCCCGGACAGGACGUCAACGUCAGAGUGCUCACCCUCAAGCACGACCUGAAGCCGUGGCUGAAACCGAUUGCCAAAGUGUGGAUUGAAAAUCCAUCCGAGGUGCGGGUCGCUCAAUGGACCAACGUCAGCACGGACAAUGGCAUGGCGCAGCUCUCGUUCUCGCUCUCGGACGAGCCGAGCUCCGGAAUUUGGAGGAUCAAGGUGGAGAAAGCGCGUCCUCAGCUGAUUCACGCGGCCAGCUUCGAGGUGCGCAAGUACGUUCUGCCGAGAUUCCAAGUGACGAUCGGAGCCCCGAGCUACAUCCUCGCCGACGCCAAAGACGCCACUUGGAAAGUUUGCGUGAGGUACAGCUACGGGAAGCCAGUGAAGGGUACGCUGCUGUUGAGCUUGCGCCCGCAAACUCCAAUCUGGAAGAGGAAGCAAACUAUCGCCGAGAUUAAUUACGAGGAGAAGCUCGACGGUGCAUCCCCGGACGGUUGUAUGAAUUACACCGUGACGUCGCAAGCUCUCGGUCUGCCGCACUGGAAAGUCGCACCGAACAACGUAGUUCUGCUGGCCAACUUCACGGAGGCGAAGAGCGGCGCCGUCGAGACGGCCAGCAGUCGCACUCUGGUCGUGCACCAGCCUCUGAAGUUGGAAUUCUCGCCGCACACGCCGAAACACUUCAAGCCCGGCCUGCCGUACCACGGCAAGCUCCGCGUCCUGAGACCCGACGCCAAGACGCCUGCGAGCGGCGAGAAAAUCCAGCUCUGCCUGAGGAUCCGAAGGAAGGACGAGUGGCAAAGGUCCGUGGUCGAGUGCAAGAACUUCAGCUCGCCGAAUCCACAGGGCUAUCUCGACUUCGUCGUUCCGCCGCAGCACAAGAGCAUCGUGCUGCUGAGCUUCGUCGCCACGGCCGUGGACUACCCCACCAAGUACUACUCGCCGGACAAGCGAUGGAGGGUGUUCGUCGACCAGCCGUCGGCGUACAUCGACGUGGAGCCGUGGUACUCGCCGACCUCCAGCUACCUGUCGCUGAGCCGCGGCUACCAGCCGCUCGACUGCAACGAGAAGUACUCGUUCAACGUGAUGUACACCAGCGGACCGAGCUCAGACGCGGGCGAGCCCGUGACCUUCCACUACUCGAUCAACUCGAAGGGCGACCUGCUGGUCUUCGGCCACGUCAAGUACAAACCUCGAAAGGACACUCUGCUGGACUACUCCGAGUUCCCCAACGUCCUCGGCCAACGUGCCAGGGCCAACACGAGCGUGCCCGUGCACCGGUUCCCGCUGAGCGUCAAGCUCACCCCGAGCAUGGCCCCGCUGUCCGAGCUGCUGCUCUACUACGUGCGCGCCGACGGCGAGGUGGUCAGCGCGAGCCACGGCAUCGAGCUGCUCGGCGGGCAGGCCUGCUUCGACAACCAGGUGAAGAGCGUCUGGCACAGCGAGCAGCUCGGCCCCGGCGCCGUGGCCAGGCUGCACCUCGAGGCCGCGCCCGACUCGCUGUGCGGGCUCUCGGCCACCGACCGGGCCAGCCGGUUCCUGAGGCCCGCGGCGGCCGGCCCGCACGAGCCCGCGGCGGCCGGCCUGCUCGAGCCCGAGGCGGCCUUCGCCAGGCUGCGGCCGUUCCACCUUGCCGCCGACAGCGUGCCCGUGCAGGCCGCCUGGGCCCACUGCGACAAGUCGCGGACGCCCGGCGUGGACGACGAGCCCGAGACCGCCGAGGAGGAGAUCGACCAUCUGCCGAAGCCCGAGGCAGCGGCGACGGCUGCGGCCCAGCCGCGAGCCGAGUCGCGCAGGAAGCGCCACUCCGUCACCUACAACGUCGCUGCCAACUACGUCGACGCCGUGCAGGCUUUCGAUGACUUCGGGGUGAUCGUCAUGAGCGACUUGAUUCUGGAAUCGCGACCCUGCCCGCCGUGGCGCUCGGACUUUGGGCUGCGCGACCCUCUGAUGUCGCAGGAAGAGGUCGACGAGCCAGACAGGAUGCUGAAGGCAGUGAAGGCCAUGCCCCUGGCAUUCCAGUUCAGUGGUCCUGGCAGCAGCGCGGGCAGCGAGGCUUCGGCCAUGAAUCAGGACAUCGGCUACGCUGAUCCGAGCUCCGUCGAGCUGCAGAAUCCAAAUACCGUCAGGUCCUAUUUUCCCGAGACGUGGAUUUGGGAGCUCGUUCCCACGGGGCCAGAAGGCAAGACGGUGCUCGAGCGCAAGCUGCCCGACGCCAUAACGGAGUGGAUCGGCAACGCGGUCUGCGUCUCGUCCAAGUACGGUCUCGGCAUCGGCAACCCGGUGCAGCUCACGGCAUUCCAGCCGUUCUUCCUCGACUGCAACAUACCCUACAGCGUGAAGCGUGGCGAGCGUUUCCGCCUGAAGGUCUCCGUCUUCAACUACAUGCCGCACGGUCUGCCGGUGCAGCUUCGUCUCGCCGACCACGAAGGUCUCGAGCUCGCCUUCAACGUCUCCCACGAGGCCUCGUACUGCAUCGACGCUAGGGACAGCGUCGUUCACGAGUUCCCGCUGGUGCCGCAGCAGCUGGGCGAGCUCAACCUUACCGUUGUGGCGGAGUUAGCGGAAAACGGUUUGCCCGGCUGUGGCCCGGAAAACCUGCUCUUCGCCAGGGACGAGUUGAUCAAGCCGCUGUUGGUGCAGCCCGAAGGCUUCCCCGUGGAGAUCACGCGCUCGGCAUUUCUGUGCCCCAAAGACUUCAGCGACGACUCGUCGCUGGUCUGGGAAUUGGAGUUGCCCAGCGAUGACCAGCAGCUUGUAGAGGGCAGUGCUCGCGCCUACGUUUCUCUCGUCGGAGACGUGCUCGGACCGGCACUCGACAACUUGGAACAGUUGGUUAGGUUACCCAUGGGAUGUGGCGAGCAAAACAUGAUCCUGUUCGUGCCAAACAUACACGCCAUUGCUUACCUCGAUGCCAUCAACCGGCAGACUGGAUCGGAGAUGAGGGCCAAAGCACUUAAAAACAUGCAAAAGGGCUACCAGCGGGAGCUGAACUACCGACACCCGGACGGCUCGUACUCGGCGUUCGGCGCGAGCGACGAGGCGGGCAGCGGCUCGAUGUGGCUGACCGCCUUCGUGGUGAAGUCGUUCGCGCAGGCCCGCGCGCUCAUCCAGAUCGACGAGCGCGACCUGAAGCUGUCGGUGAAGUGGAUGGUGCGCCGGCAGCUGGAGAACGGCUGCUUCCCCGUGGUCGGCCAGGUGUUCCACAAGGACAUGAAGGGCGGGCUGCGCGAGGAGGACGGCUCGUCGUCGGCGCUGACGGCCUACGUGCUGAUCGCGCUGCUGGAGUCGGGCGUGCCGCUGAGCGCGGCGCUGGUCAACAACGCGCUCUACUGCCUGGAGAAGGCCAGCCUGUCGGACCACUUUGCCGACAACCCCUACACGGCGGCGCUCACCACCUACGCGCUGGCGCUGCUCGAGCACCCGCGCGCCGGCGAGAGCCUGCGCGCGCUGCUGGGCCGCGCGACGCGCCGCGAGGGCGUGCUCUGGUGGGAGGACCGCGGCCGGCCGGGCGCCCUCGGGCUCAGCGUCGAGAUGACGGCCUACGCGGUGCUGUCGCUGCUGAAGCUCGGCGGCGAGGCCAACGCCAUGGAGGCGCUGCGCGCCGUGCGCUGGAUGUCGCGCCGGCGCAACGCCCAGGGCGGCUUCAGCUCCACCCAGGACACGGUGCUGGGCCUCGAGGCCCUCACCAAGUACGCCCUCGCCAUGGCCAACGCCUCGGCCACCGAGCUGUCGGUGCUGCUCACGGCCAGCGACCUCGACCGCCUCUUCAAGAUCAACGCGGACAACCGGCUGCUGAGCAGCAGGCUGCGGCUGCCCGCGCUGCCCACCAGCCUCGAGCUCUUCGCCGAGGGCGAGGGCUGUCUGCUGGUUCAGAGCAGCCUCAAGUACAACAAGGCCAGGGCCGCGGGCUCCGAGGCCUUCGAGCUGGAGGCGAGCAGCGAGAGCGUGUCGGUGCGCGAGGACCUGGAGGCGAUCGAGGACCACUGCUCGACCCAGCGGCUCACGGUCUGCGCCCGCUACAAGCUGCCCGACGAGGAGAGCAACAUGGCGGUCCUGGAGAUCGACAUGGUCAGCGGCUUCCGGCCGCGACGCGACUCGCUGAACGACCUGCUGCACGAGCACGCCGCAGGAGUCAAGAGGUUCGAGGACAACGAGGCCACGCUCGCGAUAUACUUCGACAAGUUGACCUGGCAGAAGACGUGUGUCGCCUUUGAGGCGACCAGGGACAGCGUCGUCGACGAUCCCGAGCCCGCCAACAUCAAGCUCUACGACUACUACCAGCAGGAGCUUACCGUCUCCACGAACUAUCGGUUCGCCCAAGUCUGCGCGAAGAGGAACGACGAGCCAGCCCCGGCGGACCGCGAGCCCCGCGAGCCCCGCGAGCCGUCGCCUCGGCUGAUGCAGAAGCAAAUGGACGACAGCCAGCUGGACAACCGCAUGUCGAUAGCCGAUCAGGAGCCGAGAUCCGUGCGGGUGAUCAACCUCAACAGGGACGUCCACGAGAGGAAGCUCGACCGGGCAAUCUUCGAGCAGGAAAUCGCUAUCGAACGUGAGAACGUCGCCUUGCCGCGGCAACGCGAGCCUCUCCGAUCGGCAGCGCCAGUGACGAUCCUCUUGUCCGCGCGAACAGCGACGGAUGGCAGUGGCGUUGGCGUCGACGAGGUCGACGCCCAAGUGUUCUCGCCGAGUCCGGUCCUGCCGAGCGUCGACGACGACUUGCUCGAGGAGGGCUUCUCGCCGGCCUUCGUCAACGUCGAUCACGAGCUCGAGACGCCCAACGGCGUCGAGGGCCCCGUACCCGUGUUCGUCGAGGCGCCCCUCUCCACCACCGCGAGCGCCCCCCGACGACGCGACAACUCCUCCGAGCUUGACAACGACUUUGCCUCGCAGGUAACUUUCGGCGGCUCUCCUCGGAGAUCCUCGACGAGCUCGCGCCUAACGCGCUGCUGGUAUUGCACGACUUCGCAGGAAUCCGACGAAGCCUCGGAAGCCACGGGCGCACAUCCAGCGGACUGCCCGCGCUGCGAGAACGAAUUACCCCCCGACAUAAAACAGCUGUUCUGCUCGUCUUCGAGCGCCGUCAAGGUAGCGGUGCGACGAUCUCGGAAGGUGCGGCUCCUCCUGGAUCUCGGCUCGACGAACGUCGCCAAGCGACUUCGAUCCACCACCGAGCUGACCCUCAAGCCCGAAUGCGUCUGCCCUCCUCUCGACAAGCCGGGAAUAAUGGCGCUGUUGCUGAGCUCCAGGGACCUGACGCAUACGACCAAAACUCAGCUAGACGAGGGUAGCUCGAUGUUCGGACUGUCGGCGGUCGCUGGAACGCCCCUCGAAAUCAAGGAUGCUUUGUUGUCUUGUCCGCGCGGACCUUAGACUCUGCGC